AUAAACCAUGGACGGCGUUCUGAGCUACGUGCCGGUGUCGGUGACCACGCAAGCCGCCCUGGUAGCUGCUGUGGCCGGGAUGAUAAUGUACUUCCAGAUGCGAAAACGUUAUCAUCUGCCUCCCGGUCCGCCGGCUAUUCCACUGCUCGGCAAUGCCUUGUCUUUCAUAAGAACGCCGAUAUACCAGAAACUCGCCGAAUGGCGCAAGACGUACGGACCGGUAAUGACCGUAUACCUAGGACCAAUGCGCUGCGUGGCUCUAAACAAUACCGAGGUUGUGUUGGAGGCUCUGGUAAAGAAACAGGCGGACUUCGCUGGUCGGCUUCAGACGUAUUCAACCAAACUGUUCUCAGAUGGGGGUAAGAGUAUCGUUUUGGGCGACUACCACGCAACAUGGCGUUUACACCGGAAGUUGGCAUCGAAAGCGCUGAGAAUUUACAGCAGUGGCAAUCACCUGGAACUUCGAAUGACCGAGUCCCUGAAUAAGGUGAUGGCAGUGCUGAAAGACGUCAAAGAGCCCGUAGACCCUAACACAUACAGUUCACUUGUUGCCCUCAACAUUCUGUGUGGAGUCUGUUUCGACCAAACAUUUCCUCUAGACGAUCCUGUCUUUAAAAAGGUUCUCGCCUUGUUUGAUGAAUUCAUAACCAGCUUUGGCAAUGGACCUUUGGAGGAUAUUAUCCCGCCAUUACGACUGUUUCCAACCAAGGAGAUGAGAAGACUGGUUCAGCUUUUUGAAGAGAUUUUAGCCAUUUUAGAUACGUUUAUUGCGGAACACAAAAAAACACUCUCAGCAGAUAACAUCAGAGAUUUUACGGACCUCAUUUUGUUGGCACAGAAAGAGGCCAAGGAUGACGAAAACGAAACGACGAUGGCACGGAUAACUGACGAACACGUCAGGCAAACUAUCGGGGAUAUUUUCGGAGCUGGAAUUAACACAACACGUCUGACGCUAGACUGGGCAAUGCUGUAUGUGGCGUCACAUCCAAAGGUGCAGUCGAAGAUGCAUGAAGAAGUUGACCAAGUUCUGCCUAAAGAUGGCACCAUGUUAAUGUCCUAUCGAAACCAUCUACCCUACACUGAAGCCGUACUUCACGAGGUCAUGCGAUUGUCCUCCGUGGUGCCCCUGAGUCUUCCCCAUACUACCAUCUGCGACACCAAAAUAGGUGACUAUGACGUCCCACAAGGAACCACUGUUCUCCUCAACCUAUGGAUGAUGCACCACGACCCAGAAAAAUGGACAGACGUCGAGGAUUUCAAACCUGAAAGAUUUUUAGACGAAACUGGCGCCAUGGCACCUAAACCUGAUAGCUGGCUGCCUUUCUCGGCGGGACGUAGGGUGUGUCUGGGGGAGUCUGUAGCGAAACCGGAACUGGUGCUACUUCUGGCUGGCUACACGAGGCAGUUCAAGAUUUCGCUACCAGACGGCGUGAAACCAGAUUUCGAAGCUAUUGGUGGAGGUUUCCUCAGAACACCAAAACCUUUCAAAAUUGUGUUUGAGGAACGCGACUGAAUAGAGUUCUUGGAACAUCAAGUAUAACAACUGUAUUUUGAUGAAAGACUUUUGUAUACCAAAAAUGACUAAUAUUACAUUAAUAGUGUAAAAAUAUACAUAUUUCGUUAUUCAAUCAAUAAUACUAAUCAUCUGUGGGCAGAGGGGAACAAAACUGGUACCAAAAUGUUAACGAAGCAUAUCGGUGUGUUGUAGUGAGAGAAAAAAAGGAAUUAUGUUGUUAAGACUAGUUUGUCUUGGUGGUAUAAGUA